AUGCGGCCCGCUGUCAAGAUUCCUAAGGCCUGCGAGCCGUGCCGCCGCCGCAAGAUCAAAUGCUCUGGCGACAAACCCUGUCAACAAUGCGGAAAUAAGCCCUCGGACUGCAUGUAUCGGCUGAAGCCGCGCGUGCGGCUCUCAGCCAAACGCAGCAGGUCGGUGAUUGACGCAGAAGCUGAAGACAACGUGUCGACCCCGGCUGCGGAUGGCGCUUCGUGUGAUGAGGUGACGUCUCGGAGGUUGGCGGAAGACCACCAACAGCAAGUCGCGCAGACAGAGGUGUAUCACAGCGUUGCGGCGGCCCAUCAUGCUCCGAAAUCGACCGACAGCUCUCAGCUUUUCUACGGGCCGUCAUCAAACUCUGCUUUUCUGCAACAGGUCCAUCGUGGGUUGUUGUCUGGGCAGUACAGGCAGACCCAUAACCGAGAUGUUCUGGAGGGCGGUCCGGGACUUGAUAUGUUCAUGCAACGGAACAUCUUCUUUGGUAUACCGCUCAAAGUAAACAUUGAACCAGCCCAACCUACCAGCUGUCCAGUUUCUAUAGAGCAAGCGAGGGAGUUUGUACAUUUCUUCAAAAUCACGCAUCUUUCGACGCUUCCGUUCUUUUCUGCUUCUGAGAUGGAUGAAAUUCUCCCUAUGCUGUUCAAUUCCAGUCCUGACACGGCUAUUCAGCCGCAACGGAAGACCGUUUUAUUUGCGGCUCUUGCAUUGGGGGCACUUAGCACGCCACAAACAGACGCUGCAGAAUCACUCUUCAUUCAUGCCAAGAAAGAAGCUGCCAUUUACGAGGAUGCGGUCACCUUACCAAUGAUACAAUACUCCAUGCUUAUGGCUCACUACCAGCUCAACAUGGGACGGCCCAACUCUGCGUACCUGCACACUGGUGUUGCAAGCAGGAAAGCUCUUGCAAUGGGCUUGCACAUAGGGACUACCAGUGCAAUCUCUCGCAAUGACGAAGUGCAAGCGCGUCUGAUAACGAUAUGGUCACUUUACUUCCUAGAGAUCUGGCUAGGCCUGGUCGUUGGACGACGCAGUAUGGUUGGCAAGUCCGAUUUCGCUGCUUGUCCGUUUCCUGACAACCAGCCGACGAUGGUGGCGCUUUGCCAAUUUGCAACUAUUGUUGAAGACGCUGUAGAAUCUAUCUACAACAGGCGGACAGACUCACUUCGGCAACUCUAUGGGAAAGCCGAGAAGCUCCAUAGCCAAGUCCGCCAAUACGGAGACAAAUGGGCGCUUGGCUCUGCCAUUCCAGCCCAGAAAGAGGCAUGGAAUGCCGAAACGUCGCUUCUCCUGCACAAUGUUUACUUUCAUGUGAUACUUCUCAUAUUUCGCCCCUUCCUCAUAGCGGAAGCCGCUCUCCAGUCAGGAAACGGGGCCGCGCGAACAGGGGAUAUCUGGCUUCGGCAAGCAUGCAGACACGCGACAGAUGCCGCACAAGACGCCAUUGCGUUUACAGCCAGCAAGCUACAGGGCCCUGAAAACUGCAAUACGCGCCGGUACAUUGCAUUCUUCAUCGAAUCAUGCUGCGCUGUACUCUUAUACGACAGCCUGCGCCAUCCGGCAAAGCAUCCACAUAAUUUGGAAUACAUCCAAAUGGCCAUCUCCUGUUUGCACUCGUUAGUCGGAGAUGAUCCGGUAACCAACGCUCUGAGGUCCAUCAAGCGGAUUGUCUGGGCUGUGGAGAAUUCCAUUCAUGCUUCCAGGACGAACUCUGGGGCAAUGCUUGAUGCCGGGUCGACGGAUUCGUCGCCCUCUUGGUCUGGCGAUCGGUUUCCGACGAGUAUUCAGUUCCCAUCACUGGAAGAAAACCGCGCCACAACAUCAGACGACUUGAUCUACUUUAGUAACAGGCCAUAUCGCGAACAGCCCGAUCCACCUGCCCCUGACUAUACGAUGCCUUUGCCUGGGGCAGCGCCGGGGAUGAAUCCUUUCCCGGACCUCAACUUUGAUGUGUUGACUACGGACCUGUUCAACUUUUUCCCAAUCGAUAUGAACUCGACGCCAUCGGCACCCGGAUGA